AUGAGUUCUCCGUCUGAAUCUCGUUCUUUGUACGAGAGCAAGUUAUCGGUGUUCAACGGACGUCUUUGCGCACUUUCGAUCACAGCGGCUUCUCACUCUAAAGAUUCCGUGAAGGUCAGUUAGUCAAUGCUUCUCAAAUCUUAGCGAUAAACACAUCUUCCAGAUCCGUGUCUUUUCUCCCACCGAUGCUUCUAUUCUGCUGGACAGACUACUCGAAUCGAGUGAUUAUACGAAGCUCCUUGAAGUGCUCAAAGGCAUUUCUAAUGCACGCGCGCAGGAUCCGAGCAUCCUCGGUCCACGUGUCGAGGCUGAUUCCACGGACGUCGAUUUUCCAUUCCGACUUAUCGUUGAGCCGGCCGAUGAAGUAAGUAGGUCGACUAUCGGAUGCAUUUCCGUCCCGCUCUCCGUUCCCUCACCGCAGGAACGAUACGAGUAUGUGCUCUAUUUGUAUGCCAAGGAAAAGGUAUUGAGCUUAACUUGAACAAAGGUAAAAUAAAUACAUUUCUGCAGUCACAACUUCAAGCACAAAUUGGAAAAACAGACGAGAUUUCGCAACAAUUGCAAAAAACAAUAAUAGAUUAUAAUGCAGUGAGUCCUAUUUUAUUGAUCCAAAUUCAAUUUGUUUCAGCUAAAACUGAAAUGCGAAUAUCAAGAAAAAGAAAUCGAUCUUCUACGGCAGUUAAAUUCACAAACAACAUCUGACAGUCGGAAGCGAAGUCGAAUAGAUUCCUUGAAUACGCCGACGAAAAAGAGAAGAUGUGGAUGUGAGGACGACGGCGAAUCGUGCGGAUCGGACUGCGAAGGAGAAGAGGACGUAGAAGACGACGAAGCGGAUAUUCAGAUAUUCAGAGCAGCGGCGGCAAAGUUACAGAUGUCAGGAAGUGGUGGACAUAACGGUAAAACGAAAGGGAACAUGCGAAAUUUACUGAAAAUAGAUUUCAGUGGAAGUUUCUCCUGUUGGAGGGAACGCGUCCGACAAAACAGAGGAUCUCAUGAAGCAGCUUGAGAAAAUAUCCAGCGUUAUUGUGAAGAGUGAGCAUUCCGAAAGUCAUUUUUCACUAAAUUCUGCUCUUUUUCAGCUCCAAAUCUGCCCUCUACAUCGGGAACUUUGCAGAUAAAAGUGGAAGAUGGCCAAGAACAGUCCGGCCCGCUGGUUUUACAAAAUGCGGGAAGUUCUGAAGAGCAGAGUGUGAACCAGAAAGUGGUCGGCGUCGUGCAGUACGUGAUCUGUCAGCUGUGUCCCGAGGAAGAGCAGAAGUCGAUGGACUUCUCCAAUCAGAAGGAAAUGGAGGAGCACUUUCUGGAUAAGCACGUCGACAAAGAGAAAAAGAAGUGCGAGGCGUGUCCGUCCGACCAGUUCCAACCGCACAAUAUAGGUCAACAUUAUCGAUUGCACACGAACAGGUGAGAAGAAUAAACGAAAGAUUUUCAAGUGUAAAUAAGAAUAUUUUUCAGUGUAUAUGCAUGCGAACACUGUGGGAAAAGAGGAAGACGAAAUUAUCUGAUGUCUCACAUUCGGACGCACACGGGAGAAAGGCCAUUCAGGGUAAGCUGAUAUGAAUCGAAAUGUGCAGAGAUCUCGGGUUUCAGUGCGACACGUGUUCCAAGAGUUUCUCCGACUCCUCCACUCUCCGCCGUCACCGACUCGUGCACACGGGAGAGAAGAAGUAUCAGUGUCCAGUGUGCGGCCGAGCGAUCGCGAGGAAGGACAACGUGAAGGUGCACAUUCGGAGCCACGGAAUACAUAUUUGAAAAGCAGGUAGCGAUGCGUGCACGCUUUUGUGUUUGCCAUGAAUAAACUCAUAUUUAACCUGUCUGAUAGUCGUUUCGUCUUUGAGUUGUUGGUCACUGCACCCUCGCCGAAUAUCUGUUCACCUUAACAUUUUCAAGUAUUCAACGGGUGUUACAGAUGAGCACGCAUAAUGAUGAGUCGAAGAAUCUGUCAGAAACGCUCGACGAAAUAUUGUAAGUGCUCUCGGAACAGUGGAAAAGAUCGAAGAUUUCUUUACAUUCCAGAAAACUACAAGAAGAGCUGCAAUCCCGGAUGGGAGCGUCCAAUCAGAAUCUGGAGGCCAACUUCGAGAACAUCAGAGACUUUGUAAGGGGGAGAGAAGAGAGUGAUCGUCCGAUUCUUCCGGAAUAUUCGCUUCGAAAUGCAUGCUCCGCCGCCCUUGCUCCGCACCCUUCUUAUAAUAGAUAUGCAAAUCGGAUUGGCAUCCCAACUGGCAGCACUCAUCUGAAUUCGCUCUAUCAGUGCCUUCUUCUGCUUCUUUUACUUCCGUUUUCUCUUCUUUGGUGUUCUGACAGAAAAAGUCAUGGCGGACAACAUCUUCUUCUUCUUUUCUUUCUUCUUCUUCUGUCGUGAUUGAAUUGCAACGGCAAGUUUCCGUCUGAAUCCUCACGCUCUCCGUCGGUCCCAUUUUCAGCUUUGUCCUCUCGUUUUGGAGUCUUCUUUGCCUUCUCCAUCCUCUGUACAAAUAAUCAUAAGCUAUCGGAUUUCGUUCCGUUCCUCUCUCUCUUCGUCCCGCCUUAAUUGUUUGUUCAUCGCCUUCUUAAUCCAAAACGAGUCUCUGUUCACGUGGUCCGCGUCAGAAGAGUUGAAGUAAUCGAGAUUCGGAAUAGAAUUUGGUAUCAUAUUUCCUCUAUUACUUCUGAAGUGAAUCGUCCACUGGAGACGUCAUUUUGAAUGUCAUCUCCAGAAUCUCCGAUGAACUCUAGCAAACUGCUUUCAAUUUUCAUUGCGUUUUUGUGCUUCGCCAGCUACAUAACGUAUGCAAAUUGGCGAGAGUUAGGUCAGUGAAUCGGCUUGCGAGAGCUUCAACAUCUUUCCUCCCGGAUCGCCCACCUCUGUCGCCUAGUCGUCAAACACCAGGAAGUUGGUAUUCUAUUCUCGGCACGUCAUGAAUCCAGUAUUCAAAUUACAUGCCGCUCUCUCGCUUCUUCUCGACAUCUGCUGUUCGAAACCAUUUCCAUGCAUAUUCCAUCAUUGUCCUUUCGUGAUAUUCAUUCCUCCCCCCUCGCACCAUUUACUGUUCGAACGAUUGGAAGCUGUCAGUGGCAGCCGCCCUCUUUCCGUUCUGUUUAUCCAUUCACUUACUCACUGUUUAUACUCGCCGCUGAACAAUGAUAGUGAGAAUGAACUGCCGCGUGGAGACGGCGGGCGGAUCGGCUGUCAAAAACUGAUAAUAAAGGGAGGAGGAAGUGAAUGCACAAAGAGAAACAUUGCAGGUGUCGCGCGCCCAUGCCUACAUCCCGAUUCUGAAGCAGGUUUCGAAGGAUAUGGUCGAGAUUUCCGAGCGAGUUCAGGCACUGAAGAAGAAAACGAGCAAACUGGAAACGACGAACGGAAGCAGGUCAGUCAUCUCUUUUUCCGCAAAUUUCAAAGGAAAAGAGCGCGAAGUUUCUCAAAAAGAACUGAAAUAAUGAUUAUGGAUCAAAACUAGCCGUGUUUAUAGAAAAGUGUCCUCUUGGUCUUCCGUAAACAUUGCCCGAGUCACGUCGUUCCCACGAGUCCAUUCGUUCUUUUCUCAGCUUGUUUCGUAAUGGUUUAAUGACGUGGUACAUGAGAUUGAAGUGGAAAUCGCAUGCGAGCACUUCACCCGAAUGGCGUCUUGCUCCACACUCCCACCUAGCAACCGUGAAUAGUUUUAAGAGCCGAUGAAGCCCUUGCUCCAGCCAAUGUCAUUUUGUUGGACGACUGGGGGCUCAGCAGAAAAGUCCGAGGUUCUUGGCGAUUGCCUGUGCUCUUCCCAUUGACAUUCCACCUCAUUAAACACGGCCAAUGAUGUUUUUUAACUGAGAUCACAAAUCUUGGAGGGACCUGCAGAAAAGCACAAGAACACGAUUUUAAUGGGGAGUCAAUAAAUCAGAUAUCGACGUGUCGAAUGACUUGCGUUUCUUCCCCUUUCUCUUCCCUUUUUUUCGUUUCUCUUGAUGCGACAGCUGACUCUCCAGACGGCGAAACUGGCGGCCAUUCUCCCGCCUUUUCAGUCGGAUCUCUUGCAGAUUCUGAAUCGGAGAAUGUGCUUCCUUCCGUUGUUUCAGAAAAAACUGAGAGCAAUUUUAGAAUCAGCGAAGAAAAACCAAUAAUUUAGAAAGCUUCAACCGUAGAUUUAUUAGUUUUUUUUUUGAAAGGGGACCCUCCAAUUAUUUUGCAGUUGUUUACCGGUCGAACUUCCUGCAGUCGCCACCUUCCUCUGAGCUUCUUGUUUUCACGACUGGCUCCUCCUUUCUAUCGCUUUGCUGAAACGGAAAUCGCAGCGUGUCCUUUCCUCACUUCAUUUCGGAGUCGAAUCCCUCUGAUUCUGAAGAAAAAGAGAGAGAGAGAGCCGUCGUCCGUAUCUAGAUGUGCUGUUAUCUUGCCGAAACACUGCCCUCGUCAUCUGGAAUGUCUUUUUUUCCGUGUGCUCCUCUUGGGUUUUUCCAAUUAUCUCGCCCCCUCUCUCCUUUUUUACCAAGUUGUUUCUUGCAUCUAAACAAAAACAACUCUGAACAACCGAUCUCCCCUCCUCCGAGUUUCCCUCAUCCUCCGCCGGUCUCGUCUGCCCUCCCAGGCCGUCUUUUCUUUCUCCGCCUUCAUUUCGUUCACCUUGCCACCCGUCCGCUUCCCCCAAUUUUAACGGCGUGUCUUAUGAAGCGCGCACACAUUGACAAGUAAUACUGGGGAACAGACACCAGUAGUCGUUAAAAGAAUUGCAUAAUGACAAAAUAUGUCCCCUUCUUCCCCCAUCCGCCCAUUUUCGUUUCGUUCCGCCACCCGGCACUCCUAAUGAUGUUACCCUUCUGGAGUUGUUUGCUGGCUUUCAGUAACGGGUAUGCAGAGAUCAAAGGAUCCUUCUGGAACCGUUACCCUCGUGGUUCUCCAUCUUUUCUCACACCUUCGUGCUUUGGCGUAAUUAGCACAAGUCCUUUUACGUCUAGUCUCAUGUCCUCGUGUAUUUGUUAUGAUUCGUUGGGCCUGAUAACCAGACUCUCACUCUCUUUCGUGAGAAAUACCGAAAGCGACUGCCGGCCUCCGGUCUCCAGAAUCUUUCACUUUUCUGCGUCUAGAAGCGCACGCGCUUCUUCAUUUUCCCGAGUAAGUAAAUAUCAGAAAAAAAAGCGUCGCGUCGUCUCCGGAAACUAAUAACGAAGUGGGUCAUCAUAAGAUUUUGCUGAUGGUCGAAGAAUAUAUAAACCGUGGAGGGCGAAAUUAAGCUGUUGCUCUUGCUCCCGCCUUGCACCGGCCCGCUCUGUGCCCUCUCCAUUGUUUAUUUUAUCCGAAAUUGAACCCGAUUGACGGAAAUCGCCAAAAUACAUUCGGACGCGCGGGGAGUUGUCGCCCUCCGUGUGCUGCUGACCUCUUCCCUCUUCCAUCCAAAUUUCCAUGUCAAUUGGCAAAAUUAGCUCCGAAUCUGACGAAGGCUUCUACUUCUUGUACCACGCGUUUGUAGUUCGAUAAUAUGAGCUUCUGGAAGUCUUCGAUUACCCGACAACGGCAAUAAAUCUCACAAUGCGCGCCGGAAUCUCUCAUCCGGGACCUCCAUUCAUGUCUUGCCCGUUUUCAGCACGACACACGAGCAGUAG